AUGGGUGACAACAUCCCACUGUCGGUAGAGAUUCCUCUCAUACUACGAGCACUUGAUUUUUUCCGAGAGUUGAAAAACGAAUUACUAACCGAGAGGCAUAAGCAAUUUGUUUAUGGAGAUAGAGUUAUAUUAUUAUGUUUCAGACUGCAUGUCUUGGAGGCAAAUAAUAUAAUGACAAUGCCACUUCCACUAGAUGUAUUAGACCGAGCUACGGUAAAAGUAACUGCAUUUGUACAUGCAGUAAUUGACAAUCCGAGCGCAGAUAGAUCAAUUUGUGUAGAGGUGGGCUUGCUUUUGGAACAACUGAUUGCAAGGAGAAUUCUAUCAACAGAUCGUUUGUUUGAAGAAUAA